AUGAAUUAAGAGAAUCUGCAAACAAUAGAUAACAGUAACACUCGGCUGGAGGUUAUUGAAAAAUUAGGGCACUCGCCCAAGAAGUAGUCAUUAACUAGCAAUUUUGAUGAUCAGGAUGGGAAUGUGAAAAUUGAUAUUGAUAAUCUUCAGAGAGAUCAAAUAGAUUUGAAGCAGAUUUCUAAUGCUUUUAACAUUACUCAGCAAAGCAAGGACCCUAAAACUGACACUGCCUACUCCAACUCAAACGAGACUCUGACAUCCUAAGCUGGAGAUUUGGCUGAGAAAAAGCUUAAAAGGAAAAAGAAGCCCAAGGAAGACUAGAAGCAAGCCUUGAAAACUUUGGAAGCAAAGCAGCCUCCUGCGGAAAUAAAGCCCCCUCGAAUAACAUUUAAUGCAUUUAGUAAGUCAAUUUCUUAUUUAUAAAAUGAUGCUUUAGAUACACAGUAUCAAAUUAUCAAGGACAUAGCCAAGAAAGACUUCGGAUGGAGAGUAACUAGUCAGAGAGACCCCUGGUAAAACGGAGUUGACUGGGAUGUAUAAUGGACUGACUUAGCUCCUCCCCUGGACAAAUUUCCUAAAAUAAAACCAUAUUAGAAAAUCAAUCACUUUCCAGGUAUGUUUAACAUAGCGAGGAAGAACUACUUGGCAAGGAAUUUGAAGAAGAUGAAGCGAUAGUUUGCUAAGGACUAUAAGUUCUUUCCAAAAACUUGGCUACUGCCUUAUGAGAUGAACGAGUUGAAAAAUAUACAGUAAAACUACUAGAAAAAAGGUGUAAAGAUGAACUUUAUUGUUAAGCCUGAAUGUAUGUCCUAGGGUAAAGGUAUUUUCAUUACUAGGAAAGUCGAGUAAAUAGAUCCAAAUGAGCAUCUAGUCGUGUAAAAAUACAUGCGAAACCCAUACCUGAUUGAUGGCUUUAAAUUUGAUCUUAGAAUAUAUGUAUUAGUCACAAAUGUAUAGCCACUUAGAAUUUUUAUGCAUAGAGAAGGUCUAGCAAGAUUUGCAUCUGAGAAGUAUAAGUUGAAAGCAUUCAAUAAUCCCUUUAUUCAUCUUACUAACUAUGCUAUCAACAAGGACAAUGAAAACUUCACAGCUGAUGAAAGAGGUGAAACUGGUCACAAGAGAAGUCUGGCUGCUAUUUUCAAUAAAUUAGAAUCUGAUGGAUUGAAUGUCCCGGAAAUCAAGUAAUAGAUAACAAGUCAGCCUGGAGAUAUAUACAAUAACAUGUGCUUUGAGAUAUUAGGGUUUGACAUUAUCCUAGAUCACAAAGGCAGACCCUAACUCUUAGAAGUCAAUCAUGCACCUAGUUUUAAUGAUGAUACUCAGCUUGAUAAAUAAGUUAAGAGAAAUUUGUUAACUGAUACAUUCAGACUCCUGAAUAUCACAAUCUCAGAAAAGAUAAAGCUACUUGAGUUAUUGAAGCAAGUAAGUGAAUCAAGAAUUAUAGGAGCUAAGCAUGGGUCAAAGCAGCUCUAAUCAAUUUAAAGGCAUGAUGUGUAUCUUGAGAAACUAAGAGAGAGGGAUGAAUAUGAAUUGUAAAAUCUGGGAGGAUAUGACGUCCUAUUUCCACCAAUGAUUGAUAAUAAGGUCGUUGACUAGGAUAAGCUGAAUUACUACAAGCAGUUUUCAGAUCAUGCGAAGAAGUUUAUGAUGGACUUUAAAGUCAGUAAAUAGUAAUUGUAGCAGGAGGCUGAUGAGAAAGACAAUAUGGCUAAUUAGAAGAAAUUCAGGAAGCUCCCAACUACUAAAAUACCUGCUGAAGAAGUUAAGAAACCGUUUCCAAAGAUUGUCAAUAAUGAAAACUAGAAUAGAAUGACACUGUUACAACAAUAGAUCAAGCAUCACUAGCUAAAAUCUGAUAUAAUUUUAUCCCCUUAGAAUUAAUCCUUUAAUCAAGAAAGUCAAGAUAAUCCUUAGGUACCAAAUGCUUAGGAUGUAAUGGAUUAAGAAGUAAGGCAAAGUUAAAUAAGAAGAUAGCAUAGGAAAAGCAAUCAAAGUGUAAUAAGAAAUGAGUAACUCAGAUAAACACCUUAAUAGUUAAGGUCAUCUAUUGAUCAUAAUAUAAUGGAGUCACCAGAAUUGGUUUACUAUAACUCUGAGUAGAAAAGAAGUUAGAUGGAUGAUCUCAGAGAAGAAACAAGAUCUCGCUCGGCCUCGCCAAUGAAUAGGAAAUCACUCAUAGAAAAAGAGAAGCAUAAAGGCCAGCCUAAGGUACAUGAAUCACUGAACAAGUUAGACUAUGAUAAGUUAGACUAGUCAUUCGACAAGGGAAGUAUAUCAAGAUUCCAAAUGAAGAAAAGCUCUGUCAGCACAUCUGGAAAAAAGCCCAGCUCUGAGAUAAGAGAUAACUUUCCUUAAUAAAAUCUAACACUAGAUUAUUAAAACUCUUAUGGAAUCAGAGAUUAGGUCAAGAUUGAUGCUCGUGGAGGAGGAGUUAUUUAGCACAGUGAAUUGAGAAUUGGUGCUGGGCUUACUGCUAAUAUCAAUGAGCUAAUGCUGACUAAAGCUGGUAAGAUACUAGCCCAACAACUAAGCUAGCAUCAUACUUUGCUACCUUAGCUGUCAAUUACUCAGCUUUCAAAAGAGUAGGGAAUUAAUCAAGUAUAUGAGAGGCAUAACAGGUAUAUGAAUGUAAGAUAAAUGAAGAAAAGAAAUGAACUGAGAGACUCCUACGAAAGAAUACGGAAUUCUGAAAUUCAUAAUAAGUAUGAUCAGCAGCAUUAAUUUCAUAAUGACCUGAAUACAGUUAAUCAGCCUAUAACUUAGAGGAUCUUAUCUAAGGAGAGUUCAAGGAAUCAGAAGUACAGGAAUUCUAAUCUAGGAGUGGCUUCAACUGGCAGACCUCAGAUAUAAAGUUACAAUCACUAUGAGUUUCCUAUACUAGACAAGCAGGGCGCACUUUUAAGCAAUGAACUUAACCAUUAAGUUCGAAAUGCUCUUAGACACAGAAAGAGUCCUAUGAAAGAUAUUUCAUUCCCUGUUAACCCCUCUUCAUAGAAUUUAAAAUUUCAGCACAUUGUUUAAAACAAUGCUAGCAACUAAGGUAAUUAGUAACAGAAUUAAUAGCAGUAAAAGUAGUAACAACCAUAGCCUAAUAAUUCUUAAUCUUAUCAACUAACUCAUUAGCUUUCAAAUAUUGCAGCUUAAAAGAAUACGACUUAACCUUUACAAACUUUGUAAACAGCUCAAUCUUCAAAUCAACAAUAAUAAUUGUCUCCUUAAUAAAUAUAUCAAUAAGCUUCCUCAACCUAGCAGUCUCAGACUCAACUAAAUUCUUAGCCCUCACUUUAACCAUAAUUCUUUAGUCCCUAAAAGCAUCAAAUACAUUAAAGACUACUUGAGGGGUCAUUUGGAAAUAAUGAUAAUAACAUGGUUAUUAAUGGUAUAUUCGGUUAGAGAUAGAGAUCUCAGCUAUUCAUUGGCUAAAAGAUAUCAGCCCAUGCAUAAGUGUUGAAUCAGCACUUUUAAGUUUAGCAGAAUUAGGCUUCAUAGUAAACUUAACCUUAAAACUAGUAGAAAAAGCGAAAUAGCCAUUAGACCUAAUCAAAUUAAAACGGCAACAUUACUUUCUAGCAGCUACAGAUGAAUACUGACUCCAUAAUAUCUAAAAAUAAGAUGAAUAACCCCAAGUUUUAAUAGAUUAUAGUCUUGGGCAAUAAAUCUAAGAACAAUAGCAAUCAGAAUUCAGCAAUCUAAACAGCGAAUAACACCAAUAAUAAUCAUAACUCAAGCUCUCAUAAUAAUAACGGCACCUCGCAGACCAAUUUUGCUGCCCUUGAGGCUCAUAUGAAUAGCAAGGUGAGCCUUAAUGAUAAUAUACAUGAAGGUAUCUCUCUUAGAAAGCAAAAUACAAAUAACAAUAACAUUGCUAAUGUUUCAAACUACAAUAGCAACAGCAGUAAUAACAAUAACAUGAACAUUAAAAAUGAGUAGUAUCAGAAAGAACUGUUCAAUAGACUGCACUCUGACGGCUAGUAAAGUUAAGGAAACAAUGGAAUUCCUAAUAGUAAUAACUCGAGUGUAGUCUACAGUAGUCUCAAUUCAGUGAUUAAUAAACUAGAGCGAAGGAAUAACAAUGUAAUGAAUAGACUUCUGCCAUAGAUUGAUAAGAUAUUAGACACGAAGAGCUAACAAAGAUAAAAGGCUAUGGUGCAAAUAGUCAACAACUUGCAUUCACAGCAGUAAUAGUAACAUUAAAUACAGCUUUAGAUAUAAAGGCAUUAGCAAAUAUGA